GAUAUUAGUAUGAUUUGCAACAGCUUCAAAAUGGCGGACGUGGUUGACAACCUGUUCGUUUGGUCCUGUCAUCAGAUGACCUCUGGUCGCUGUUUCACGAGAAAGACUGAUCGUCCGUCAACGUAGACCAAUUCAUAGAUAUCUCAAGACUAGGAACAGCCGGUUAGGUAGAUGCCAUCAACAUUUCCAGUCGUUACAACCCGUAUCCGCGCGUUGUUGAGGUGAAGGACCACCGUGAUCGCGGCUGUGACAGUUGUCAGAAACUCGCUGGCAGUGAUUUACAAAGCUGCUACCGCGAAAACGACAUGACUUCUUCCUUCGGAGGGCCCGUCAAGCCGAAGCCGAGGUCCGCAGGAUCCGCCGGGAAGGGCAGGUCGCAGCCAAAACCGUCCGAUAGACUCAACCCCAAAACUGUCAACCCGUUCAAUGGCACAGCAAAGCACGAAACAGCAUUUUCUGCCAUGUACACCAAUGGUGGUAUCCCCUGCAGAUUAAUGCAUGGGUCCGUGAAGCACAAGCUGCAAUGGGACACGCCCCCAGAGGUUCUGCCCUUUGACCCCUUACUUGUUACAUUAGCAGAAGGUUUGCGGGAGACCAAACACCCGUACACGUUUGUGGCCAUGAUCGGUUUCCAACAGCUGCUAGAAGUGGACCGUGCAGGUGACAAGGCUGUUCCUGUCCUGCCUCGUGUGGCAGCUGCCGUCAGACUGGCUCUGGCUUCCCCUGAACAGGAAGUGUUUGAACGAGGCCUGGCCGGUCUAACAUGCCUCAGCACUGCCGUGGGCCCAGCCCUGAACCAACACCUCAAGUCCCUCCUGUCCUAUUUGUCCAAGAGGAUGAUGGAGAAGAAGUACCGUGAUGAUGUCACAAAAACCCUGCAGCAUCUGGAGCAGAAUGGGGGGAAGGAAUGCCUGUCCAUGAUCAAGUCUAAAGUGCCAACUUACUGCUCAAUACACUCAUGACAAUGUCCGUGUAUUGGUACAUUGUCAUGGUCUCUUGCAAAUACAUGUACAACCCUGUGGUAGUGGUUGUACAUAUACCAAGACAAGUGGGGAGUCAAAGCAAUAGGAGACCAGUAUCAUUCCAGUGUCAUGUUUGUAGAACAUGAGCAGAACUCUACCAGCCCAGCAGUGUGGAGCUGUGGUAGGAGAUAGAUAGGAGGGUGAGUCAAGAAGUAAUGCAAGUGAUUUUAUAAUCUCAUUUUUUAAUUCAAUGAGUUGAAAUCUUUCCCAAAAAUAAAAGCAUAUAUCCUCUUGAGAUUGAAAUAUAUAUUAGUAAGUUUGUUGUUCACCAUUCAUUGUUCAUCAAAAGUCUGUUGGUAGAAAAGAGCAUAACAAGGGGGCUCACUUAAUGUAUUAUAUGGAUUUCUCUGACUCACUUGUAGCUAUUUUGGAGACUGAACCUGCACAUGUAUCAAGCCGCAUAUACAGUAUCUAUAAGCCACAUGCUUAUUUUGAACUCUGAAAUCCAAUCAGUUUUUCUUUUUUUGUUGCUUCGAAGAAGUGAGUUACAAGUUGGAUUUAGAGGGCUUGUCAGUAUGCUGAAUCUGCAGUGUGCUGAUUAAAAUUCACUGUAGCCUACUUUCUUAUCAACUUAGAGAAAUGGAAUAUAGCAAACAUUUUGGUCUUUAAACUGGCAGUAACUGUCAAAUUUUGCUUCUUCUUUUGGUUAGUAGAAAAGUAGUCUACAAAAACUUUUAAUCAACAAACCCUGUAUUCAGCUCUAAUUUAUAAAUCCAAAUGGCACUAUAACACAACUUACAAAAUGUACUCCUAAGCAGCUGUAAAUGAGGAAACAUUGGGGGUUCAAAUUCAGAUAUUUCAAUCUCAAGUAGAUAUAUACCUUUACCUUUGUGACAAAUUUCAACUCAUUCAAUAAAAAAAUGAGCCAGCUAUAAAAAUUACUUGCAUUAUUUUUUUACUCACCCUUAUAUACAUAAGUGCUGCAGACAGGAGUUUUCUGUCCAAAGUCUUUCACUAGGGGUGUUUCCUGCUUGUUGUGUUCUACAGUCGGCUUAAGACUGGUGUUGUUAAAUGUGAAAUAUAUUGGUUAAAUGCAUUGAAAUCCUAAGCUAUGCUACCCAGUUUUGCACUGUACAUAGCCUAUUAUUUUAAGGCUUACUUCAUGAAAUUUGCAUGUUUGUGUUGAGGUAAGUUACUACUUAUAUGGUACAUUUUGCACUUUCUGAAUAUAGUAAGGUUUUUUUACCAUCCCUUUCAGUCUGUAUUCCCAUUUUCAUGGAUAGUCAGAAAGCAGGUCAGAAGUCCAAAUCAAUACAUUAUCUGUGCCAUAUGUUUCACCACAGGAGAGCAGAAUGUAUACAUUAGUAGUAAAAAAAACCUGAAGGGUUGCAUGGCCGACUAAACAUUUGUUUCCAGACUUAGUUUGUUUCACCAGUGAAAUGUGCACUUUUCUCACAGAGUGCAGAUGUUUGAAGUGAAAGAUGACCACAUGUGGCAUAUUAUAUAGGAGGAUGCUGUAUGCUACCUUUCAAAGCACAAAUUGCUUGCACAGUGAAAUUAGUGACGCAACAGUUUUUAAGUUGGAUGUGAGUUUUGUUUUGCCAUAUAUUUAUAUACAAUUUACAAUGUGCCUGCUCUGUUACAAGUACUAGUGUGUGUAAUUGCUUUGUUCCUUCAAUAGAGAUGUUCAUUCUGUGGGAGAGAUACAUUCUAUCAGAAGGUUUUACCCAGCCAUUAUAACAUUUCACCAGUCUUGUAUAAAGUAGCUGCCAUUAUCAAGUUGCUCUGAGUGAAACGUUCAUGGCUGCUAUGAUGCUGAAAAAGUUCGAUUUUUUUCUGCAGGCCAACAAGUGUUAUUUGUGUCCUUUAGUACUUAGCCAUAGUGUUUGUACAUGUUUCUUGUGUAAAUAAAGACAAAUUUCUGUGAACUGGC